AUGGAGUUCCCCGUGUUUGUGGCAUCCGACGUGCACGGCGAGAAGGUGAACCUCGCGCUGCGCUACAACCCGUGGACUGACACACUGGACCAUUUGCUGACCGCUGCAUCGCACUGUUUUGCCGGUGUAGCGCACCUUAUGUGUCAAGGCCCUCUUCCGCCGUUUUCUGCGGCGUACAUCUACCAAGAUGUUCAGUUUCAGUGGGAUGCGCUGCAGGAUCGCACGCAGCUUUCACCCUGCUGCCAGGUCUAUGUUUUUCGCGAAGCGUUCGACGAGAUUGUCGCAGCUAUUCCAGACCCUUUGGACUCGUCAAGGCUACUGUUGAUGCUCACCGGGAAGCAUGCUAGUAUGCCCUCCUUGACAGACACAUCAGUUGUAUCUCAACCUUCACCGCUUAAUUUAUCCUCAUCGAACUUGUCGAUCCGUCUCGCCAGUAAUCGGUGGGCACUGCCGCAAUACGGUCAGCAACCGGGGACGUCGAGGCUUCGCUUUGACGUGUCAUCGCGUCUGUGCAAGAACAGAGCGCCGCUGGUUCGUAUGCAAAGCCCGACAAGCUCAGACAAGGCAACUCGUACUGACGAUAAUGCGGACGACUUUCAUAAACUGUGGUGCUCGGAUGAAACUGUCGUAUUCCGCCCUGUGCAGUCGCACCGCUUUCGCCUGCAGAUCUUCUCCCCUACGAUGGAGACUGAGAUGCGCCAUGGCGACACGCGGAGCAGCGCAGAAAACCCGCUCAUUUGCUCAGGGGAUUUUAGAGCAUCGGGGCCACAGACUGCCCAUGUGAAACCAAAGAGACGUCACUCCAGUGACUCGUACAAAGGACUCUCUGCAGAAUCCUCUUGCACGGGAGAGGUUGCCAUUCCAAGGAGGUGGUGUGACCCUUCUAGGCACUUUUUCCGUGGCACAGCAUCGCGUGUAUGCGAGUCAGAUUCUUCCUUCCCUCAAUCCUUCUCUGUUUCAUCGUACAGCCGAGGCACAGCGCAGCCCUUCCCAUCAGGCGGCGUUCGAUCCAAGGGAUUGCCACGAAUUGACGAGUGCCAUCCUGAGGUACUUGUGAAGAGAGAACCCCGCAGCGGAGGUGGCGGCAGCAUUUUGCGUGAUGAGCGGGAGCGCAUAGCGGCUCAGAUGCAGAUGGGGAUAGAUGAGCUGCGUUUACGGUUGCGGGAGGAGUCGAGGGAUCUGAAACGGACAUUGAGUGGCUCACGGCACCGUGUCGUUUUUCCACGGAACUGA